UGUAGAAUAAUAAUAUAUUGGUACCGUUAUCACCAAUUCCUCUUUCAAUUCAAUUGCAGCAAUCUCCGUCUCUCUCUCUCUCUCUCUCUCUCUCUCAUGGCUUACGUUGAGGGAGGUCUUGUUAAAUCAAAGCGAUCAAUAUGGCGGCUUAAAACAAUAACUGAUUUUUUCUGGGCCGUUGUUAACAUCAUAGGCGUGUUUUUUGCUACCAUGUUCUCGAUGGAAAAGUCAGAUGCCUACCGGAAAGGUUCUGCUAGUAAGAAAUGGGAUGGAGGUGCUCCCGGAGGUCCUGGUGGUGGCGGUGGGGGUGGACCAUAUGGUGGUGGUCCAAGGGGCCCUCCUCGUGGUGGUCUUGACAAUGUUCGUGGGCUAGAUAGUAUUAGGGGACGUGACCAUAGUUCGCUGCCUGCCUGCGGCUCCUGCUGUGGCUGAGAGUGUUAGAGAUGUCAUUUGUGUAUGUGCCUUAUUGGUUACGAUCUGUAUACGGUGUUGAACUGGUGUAUUAUGCAAAUAUCGUUACGACUUUCAAGCUAUGUGUGUGGGUAUAUGUUAAAAUAGCAAAAAAAUCGAACGUGAUUGAUAAUUUCCAAAUGAGCAAUUACGGAUAUAUGUGUUCUGAU